AUGCAAGAGAAUGUUUCAAAUGCAGAUAAUGCACCAAUAAGAAAUCAAGAUGUAAACUUUAGCGCGAUACAGACAAUACCCAGCGUUGCUGACGAUGGUGCAAUAGCAGAAGGCAGUGCUUCAUCGGAUGCGAGAGGAGGAUGGAGUUGCAGGCAUUGCACAUAUUCGAAUCCACAUAUUCGAAUCCACGUACUGUAA